ACUGGAAAUCUUGACAUGCUGCACAGUUUAUAUGACUUUAAAGCAACAUAUGCCAAAACACUGAGCUUCAAAAGUAAUGAAUAUUUCUUGCUGCACCAGACAAAUACGAAACACAAAAACUGGUGGGAAGUAAUAAGUGAAAAAGGUGACAUGGGCUACAUUCCUUCAAAUUAUGUUGAAGUGGUCACAGUAAACCCCUCUUUUUAUAUACAGUUCUUAGACAACUGUUUGGAACACUUGAGAAAAAAUGAUGUUUCUUCAGAAUGUACGAUUGGAGAUAGAAGUGAAGUCAUUCUGCGAUUGAAGGAUCUGAAAAGGCAAAUCGAGCAGUUACCUGAGGUUUCAAAGAAUUCAAUUGGUGCAGAUAGUGACGAUAUGCCACCGUUACUGUUUAAAAACUCGGAUGGUAAAUUAGAACCUAUUAAAACUGUCUCAACAACUAGCUGUUAUUCUUCUAAUUUAUCAGAACCAAGAAAUUCUAGAACUGUGACUGAGGAACUAAUCAAACCAAUACAGAAAGGACUAAGUAGAGCUAGUGUUCAGAAGUCUAUAGAAAACAUCCACGAAGAAAUAAAGUCUGAAAUUUGUAAUGGGCGUAAGAAGUCUGAAUCUAAUAUAUCAUCCUCAACUAGUAGUAACAUUUCCCCUGCUAUUACACAUCAGUCUGUUUAUGAUUUAGUUGAGAGUGUAAGAAUCAAUACUCAGCUAUCCCAUGAAAUGUCACGGGUAGCCGUCGUAACUGUAGUUCAGGGUUUACAUGAGCUUUUACCGGCUUCAGUAUUUCCAUAUCUCAGUACAAUUUUAUCUCAUUCACAAACUUCUCUUGUUGACGAUGUUCAAAUCGAUCAAACUCAUGAUGCUAGUCGCCUUAAAAUAAUAUUCAACGAACUUACUUCUUGCAAGGAGGAUUCUCAACAAAGAAGCUGGAUGUUACAUGAAGAUGAAGAUGUUAUUAAAGAAUAUAUUAUGGAACUCAUUUCUAUUCUGUCUAAUGCUGAUGCGAGUAUAUCAAGGCAUGUAAUAUCUCAUGAUCAAUACCAUGUAAUCAACACGUUAAUACAGUAUUAUCAAAUGGAGGUUAGAUGGUCAAUAAGGCAACUAUUAUUGCAAGCACUUGGAGUACUUUGCAUCCAAGUUCGAGAUAAUGUUCAGCCUGACUUCGGGGCACUCGUCUUAAAGCUGUGUCAGGAAAAGGGGCAACAAAUGCUCGAUAGUGUUGUGCCUGCCCAAUAUCGGGCUCAGUCCCAUUAUGACGGAAGCCAGAGCGGACUUGACGUGCUGGUUUGGGUCGGCAACGAGGUCCUUGAUGCAAGGCAGUAUGUUCGUCAUUAUGAUGUUUUCCUGAUUUACAUAAUGAUAUAUAUUUUCAUACUUUCAGAUUUGCUGGGAAAACGAUUUUUGGCUUUUAUACUUGACAAUAUUGAGUAUCCGCCUGACACUGAUUUGGAUGAACAAAUUCCGGACCUGUUCCUCAACCUGAUUAUUUCUUACAAUUUACAAUUUUCUGAUGAAAUUGAAAACCCAAUACUGGCCGCUUUAGAAGAAAGAGAUGUAGCUAAAACCUUUACUGAAAAAAUCCUUCUCCUCAUUAAUAGAGAAGAGGAUCCUGUACGAAUUUUUGAUCAUGAACCUGCACCCCCUCAUUCGCUCUUGAAACUGUUCAAUGAUCUCUUCAGUCGUAGAACAACUGCAGCUUUAUUCUAUACCAAUGACAUCAAAGUAUUAAUAGAUAUCAUAGUCAGAAAUAUUUCAGAUUUGUCAUCAGGUGAUAUGAGAAGGCGACAAUAUUUGGAGCUCUGUAGGAGGGUAAUGAGAAAUACAAACUAUGAUGAACAUAGGCACAAAGUGGAUGAAAUUUUGAAAUGUUUUACAAGGAUUUUUUGCGAAGAAAGUGAAUGGAGUAAAUUUGACCAAAAAUUAGUGAAAGAAAUAUCAAACGAAUUUCCACAUUUUUUCAAAUAAGAUCUGACAUUCUUGAUAAAUUUUGUGAUAUUUUUAUUUUUAUACGUAAUAAUAUAUGCCACCUGCGACGUUGA